UCUCGCAAACCCCAGGUUUUCCCUUCCAGUCUCCCGCCACGAGAGCGAGUCCCGCGGCCAUCAGGCUGUAGGGGAGCGAAGAAAAGAGAAUUAAAGAAAGAUCUGGCUGGGUCUGGGUGGUGUCUGCAGUGCCAGAAAGGGAGGUGGCGGCGGCUGCGGCAGCUGCGACCACGGCCGCGCGGGACGUGAGGCCCAAGAGCAGCCGACCGCGGCGGCGGAGGCGGCCGUUCCAGCGCCUCGCGCCGGGGCCGUUAGUCAGCAGAACACGAGCCCGUGUGGAGGAACAGGGUCGGCGCGAGGCGAGACUGAGGAGCUUAAGCCGGCCCCCUCGGGCGCCGCCGUCCUUCCACGUCCCGGCGCCGGGGGCUGCAGCCCUCGUUCCUGGCUUCUUGGCCGGGCCCGCCCGCAGGCGGGCAGAGUCCGGCAGCGGAAGCGGCGGCAGCGUGGAUCGCGCCUCGUAGAGGACUGCGCGGCGGCAGAGGUUCUCUCCCGGCCCUUUCAGCCUGACGCCUUGGCUGCGGCCUUCAGGUGCAGAAGAUGAAUAAUCUUUCGUUUAGUGAGCUAUGUUGCCUCUUCUGCUGUCCACCUUGUCCGGGGAAAAUUGCUUCAAAGUUAGCAUUUUUGCCACCUGAUCCAACUUAUACACUGAUGUGUGAUGAAAGUGGAAGCCGUUGGACUUUACACCUAUCAGAACGAGCAGACUGGCAAUAUUCUUCUAGAGAAAAAGAUGCCAUUGAGUGUUUCAUGACUAGAACCAGUAAAGGCAACAGAAUUGCCUGCAUGUUUGUGCGUUGCUCACCCAAUGCCAAAUAUACUUUACUCUUUUCACAUGGAAAUGCUGUUGAUCUUGGUCAGAUGAGCAGCUUUUACAUAGGACUGGGAUCACGGAUUAAUUGUAAUAUAUUCUCAUAUGAUUAUUCUGGAUAUGGUGCAAGUUCUGGGAAACCAACAGAGAAGAACCUCUAUGCAGACAUAGAAGCUGCUUGGCUUGCUCUUAGGACAAGAUAUGGCAUUCGCCCUGAAAAUGUGAUUAUAUAUGGCCAAAGUAUAGGGACAGUACCGUCUGUGGAUCUUGCUGCUCGGUAUGAGAGUGCUGCUGUUAUUCUUCAUUCUCCUUUGACCUCAGGAAUGCGAGUUGCUUUUCCUGAUACCAAGAAGACCUACUGUUUUGAUGCAUUCCCAAACAUUGACAAAAUCUCUAAGAUAACCUCUCCAGUAUUAAUAAUUCAUGGGACUGAAGAUGAAGUCAUAGACUUUUCACAUGGUCUUGCAUUGUUUGAGCGAUGCCAAAGACCUGUGGAGCCUUUGUGGGUUGAAGGGGCAGGUCACAAUGAUGUGGAACUUUAUGGACAAUACCUUGAAAGAUUGAAACAGUUUGUGUCACAGGAACUGGUAAAUUUGUAAAAUAUUCUGUAAAUUUGCAUAUUGGGUUUUCUUUUCUUGCUGAACUGCACUCUGGUAAAUAGCAUAAAACCUGAAGGUUUUGUUUGCAAAUCAUGUCAGUUGCCUUCAUAAAUGUACAGGUAAUGAUUUGUUAACAGACUUAAUGAAGGUUUUAACUACCAAGCUAGAAACUGGAAAUAACAGUAUCAUGCAGUCAGGCUGUGUAAUUUAUAUUUUUUCUGUGAAUUUUUUUUUAAACAUCAAGAUGAGUACUGUAUGAAAUUUUAA